GGUUCGGCUUGUAUUUUGAUACUAAUCAUUGCCAAUCAAUUCGAAUAAAAAACUUGAUUAAAUUCACUUUUCAAUAGAUAUUAACACAUAUCGACAUUCGCAAUUACUUGAGUUUUGGUUUUUAACAAAAAAAAUACACCAAUUGAACGUUAACAGAAAAUGAAAAAAGCGGUUUUCAUAUUAUUCGUUCUUGGAAUUCUGUGUGUAUCAAAAACAUAUCCCGACGAUGAAUUCGCUGAAGAGCCUGAAACUGAAGAGCCAGUUGAUUCUGGUCCGGCUAUGAUAAAAAUUGGUGCAUUAUUUGAUGUGAAUGCAAAUGAAAAUAAACAAAUGUUUUUGUAUGCCAUUGAGCGUGCCAAUGAGAAUCUAUUGAAUACUGAAGAAUUUAGAUUAGAAGGUGAAUUGGCCGAAAUAGUGUAUGGAAAUGAAAUCACUAUAUCUCGGGGUGUUUGUGCAUUGUUAGAGAAGGGGGUGGCCGCAAUUUUCGGUCCCGACGAUGAAACAUCAGCAAUUCAUGCAGCAAAUGUAUGCGAUACCAAAGAAAUUCCAUACAUUGAUACACGUUGGGAUUUUUUCUCGGCCAUUCCAAUUGUGAAUAUGUAUCCCGACCCAAAGGCCAUUGCUCAAGCGGUUCAUGAUUUGGUGAUAGCAGCUGAAUGGCAAAGCUUCACUAUUCUGUACGAAAAUCCAGAAUGGCUGCCACGGAUUGCACAUUUACUCGAACUGUAUGACCCCAAAGGGGAUAUGGUAACGGUAAGACGUGUUGACGUUGGACUGGACACGAAGAAUUAUCGAUCAGUUUUGAGAGAUGUCAAGUUGUCAGGUGAUUUUCGCAUCAUAAUCGAAUGUUCGAUUGAAAAUCUGGGCGAAAUAUUAAAGCAGGCACAACAAAUUGGACUAAUGGUCGAUAAAUAUCAUUUUAUUAUUACAAAUUUGGACGCAAGUUCUAUUGAUUUGGAGGAUUAUCAGUAUAGCGGUGCAAACGUCACUAUUCUUCGAAUGGUAGACACAUCAAGUGAUCCUGUAGCUGAAUACGCGAAAUAUGUCACGAAAAUAAGUAAAGAAGAAGAACAGGAAAGCAGCACAGAUGGCGGUGAGCCCGAAGAUAACGCCGAAAAUGAAGAAAGUCCCAAUGAAGAGGGAGAGCAGCCUGAAGAAGGCGAAGAAAAUGAAAAUAAAGAUGAAAAUGCUGAACCAAGCGAACCGCCCGCGAGCGAAGAAAAGGCCGAAGAAGAAGAAGAGGAGGGUUUUAACGCAGAUACAGUGCACUUGCAGACAGCUUUAAUAUAUGACGGAGUCUUUUUAUUGGCAGAAACAUUCAAGCAACUUGGAACCAACCAGAUUCAACCUGCAUCCUUAGCUUGUAAUGGAAAUGAAACGAUGUGGGAAAAAGGAUUGAGCAUCUCCAAUUUUAUGCGGAAUACUUUAAUCGAUGGAAUGACCAAAAAUGUGAAGUUUGAUGAGAAUGGUCGUCGUUCUGAGUUCGAAUUGCAGAUUUUUCAACUGACUACACAAGGUCCUAUUAUGAUAGCAACUUGGAGUUCCGAUGAUGGUAUCAAACAGAUGGGUAGUAGUACACCUGAAACUGUCGGUGAUUCAACAGCGAUGUCUCUGCGGAAUCGAACAUUCAUAGUACUCACUGCUCUGACUCCGCCUUAUGGAAUGUUGCGAGACUCAUCUAUGCAGCUUACCGGGAAUGAUCGAUUUGAAGGUUUUGGAAUAGAUAUUAUUUUUGAGUUGUCUCAAAUGUUGGGUUUCAAAUACGAAUUUCGUUUGCAAGAGGACAAAGAUUAUGGUUCAAUAAAUAAAGUGACAAAAGAAUGGACAGGCAUGAUUCGGGCACUACGAGAUGAAGACGCUCACUUGGCCAUAACCGAUCUCACAAUCACAUCGCAACGUGAAAGUGGAGCAGACUUUACAAUGCCGUUCAUGAACUUGGGAAUUUCAAUCUUAUAUUUAAAACCAACAAAAGAACCUCCAUCGACUUUUAGUUUCAUGGCUCCAUUUUCUAAAUCCGUGUGGCUCUCUGUUUUUCUUGCUUAUUUCACAGUUUCUCUUUGUCUUUUUGUUUUGGGGAGAUUAAGUCCAGGAGAAUGGGAUAACCCUUACCCUUGUAUUGAAGAACCAACACAACUUGAAAAUCAAUUCUCAUUUGCAAACAGUAUGUGGUUUUGUAUCGGUGCUCUCUUACAGCAGGGAUCUGAAAUCGCUCCAAAAGCUCCCGCAACUCGUAUCACCGCAGCCGUUUGGUGGUUUUUCACAUUAAUUAUGGUUUCAUCUUACACCGCAAAUUUGGCCGCUUUUCUCACAAUUGAAACGCCUUUUGAAAAAAUUAAAACCGUAGAUGAUCUCAAAAAUUGUGGCAACUCCGAUGAUGAAUGUCCGGUUAAAUUUGGAGCGAAGAAAGGUGGUGCAACGUAUAAUUUUUUCAAAGACUCUGAUCGUCCCACAUAUCGAAGCAUGUAUAAGUACAUGGAAAGACAUCCAGAAUUGAUGCCAAAUGAUAAUCAGGUCGGUGUCGAUAUGGCCAGCGAUGUUGCGAAUGAUUAUGCCUUUCUAAUGGAAUCGUCAUCGAUUGAAUAUGUUAUCGAGAGAAAUUGUGAUGUCACACAAAUUGGAGGCUUGUUGGACGAUAAAGGCUACGGAAUUGCUAUGAAGAAAGAUUCCGAGUAUCGAAAUGCACUAAGUGAGGGCGUUCUACGAUUGCAAGAGUCUGGCAAACUUGCGUCGCUAAAAAUGAAGUGGUGGAAGGAAAAGAAAGGUGGCGGAGCAUGCUCGGGCGAGUCAGACGAAGGUGCUGUGCCUUUACAGAUGGCCAAUGUUGUUGGCAUUUUUUAUGUCUUAAGCUUUGGUGUAAUGUUCGGAAUGUUUCUUGCAUUUAUCGCUGUUGUUCUAGAUACGUGGAAAGUUUGUAGAGAGAACAAGGUUCCAUUCAAAGAAGAGUUUAUCGCUGAAAUGAAAUUCAUCUUGAAAUUCGAAGGCAACACAAAGGUAGUACGUCAUCGAAAAAGUGAGUCAAUUGAUUCACAGCAUUCAAUCACAUCUUUUCAAUCGAACGAAUUGGAAAUCGACCACUCGGCAAAGUCUGCUGGUUCGAAAUGAGGAAACAAUGACGCUGCCAUUAUUUUUUGAUCAGUUAUCAAUUUCAGUAUUUAAAAAAAUUGAUGAUUUAUUCACAAUGUAAAACAAAAUGAAAGAAAAUG